AUGGCCGGGUCGGCGCGGUGUGAACUGGAGGUACGCUCGACAGCGGCGGGACAGAACAUGGCGCGAAUCUCGGAUAGCGUCGGUGGAAACUUCGAAGAAUGCGCGACUAUGGCAUGCUUGCGCUCGUUAGCAAUCGGGAACGAAGGUCGGGUGCGUGGCACCGCGCCAGAACCGGUCAACGCGAGACUGCACCAAUGCAGGCCGAGUACCACGCCGCCUAGAGAACGCCUCUGCGUACCUAACCUUGGCCUUGAAACCGACGGUGUUCGACGAUGCUGGGAAUACCUAGGUAUAGCACAUGGGCGAGUGUCGGUCAAGAGGAGGCAACCUGGUGCUCGACGGCGGCGACGGCGCUCUUGCUUUAUUUCGGGCGGGACGACAUUCGUAGGCUUCUCGUCGGCGGUAUUGAAGAGCUUUCGCUGGCGCGUAGCUCUCACUGAGCAAGUCGCGCUCCUCACUGACCUCAGCGGCAUCAUGGGCACCGAGAGCAUGAGAGUGGACAAGAGUGGCAUGAAGGUGAAUAGAAGGAUGUAUGUAUUCGCUGAGGACGCGCAGUCGCGCCGCCACUUCUCACCCGCGCGAACCAGACGCGUCCUGAACGCGCCCAAGACCCAACCUGCCUUCACCUCACCUCACAUCACCUCACCAACAGCCUCUUGA